AAUAAAAUGGAUAAACUCAACCUCAAUGUAUACUAUGAAAUCUGCAAAUAUCUUGACUUUUACCAAAUGCAUACACUCAGAGUUUGCAGCAAGACUUUAUAUGAUAAAGUUAGAGAUGCAAUGGUAAUCCUAGCAGAAAGAGAAGCUAACAGACUUCUCUUGCCCACUGAUAAUCUCACUAGGAACUUAUUCAUAGUCAAAGAGAAACCAAAGGAGACCUUAAAAAAUGAAAAUUGGUUUGCUUUCUUAAAGAAUCAGCUUAAAACUAGAUGCAUGAUUAAACACAGAAUGUAUCAUGUUAUCCCUGAACUAUUCCCCGAGCUUCAAGAUGAGUCUAGGAUAAAACUUGCGACUAUAGUGUUCACUGAAAUAAAAAGGAAGAGAAAAGUUGAUAUAACCAUGAAGAAAACGCCAAAGAACAGCAAUAUAGCAUUUACUAACUUUCAAGAGCUUGUAUUCCAGCACUCAAAGAAUAUUCCUUCGGAUAAAUACCAUAAAUAUAUUGAUACAGAGGCCCCAAUUUGGUCAACAGAUGAGUUGAAAGAGAACGGAGAAGUAGAUAUUUUUAAACAGUUCAGAACUUACACCAAUACAGAGAAGACAUGUCAUGAGGUCCCCAAAACUCCUGUCCUAGCAUAUCUAUAUCUGUUCGAUAAAUUUUGAUCAUGCCACUGUAGGAUGGUAGCUGAAUCUAUUGCCUCUAAAUGUAAUUCAGAAACAUUCCUUGACGAGUACAAUGCUAGAUGGCAGUCCUAUGUAUCCUUAAUAGAAGUAUUCGAAACCGAGCUGGAUUUCAUCCCUGAAAUUAUUAACAAAUUAUCUUCCCCUGGAGAAGAAAGCAAUCUUUAUGAAGAAGAGAAAGAAGCUCCUGUCAUAAAGUUCUCUCUGAUGAGACUUAUGUCUAGGAGUUGGGGCAAAAAUGUGAUGAAAACGUUAUUUUCAAGCUUCAAAUCCAAAAUCCUAUCCAUAUUAGAAGCCUAUCAAGAGAAUUUACUCCAGUUGUGUGAAGAAUACAAUAUAGAGAUUGCUAGAAAGGGAUUUGAGUUAAGAAUUCAGAACAAAUACAAAAUUGAGCCUGUAACCAGAGAUAUUUUGAGGCAGGCACUUCUAAGCAUUCUAGAUGUUUCAGUAAACGAAGCGAAUAUCAAAAUGAUAAAUAAUUCAUUACUCCCUCUGGGAACUUUCUACCUCCAAAUUGAAGAAGAAUUAAUUAGUCACACCAAGAAAUUUCUUAAAAAGUUACUAGAAAAGUAUCCUUGAAAAGUAUUCGUCUGAGUUGCUCAGCUAUACUGUGAUAACAUCUGAGAUCCAGCUGUAAAAAGGACGCAAAGGCGCCUAAAUUACUACCUCGCAGAAUGAUUGAAGACGACUCUUGAAAUAAAAUUCUGUAAAUAGCUACAUGAAAUUUCUCUCUAAAAGUACUCAUAAAAAGUGUAAAAGCUCAAAACCAACUCUUGGUGAUCCAAAAGGCCUAAUAGAAGAAAAUAAGAGUGACCCCAAGAAAAUGAUAGAUCUUAGAAAAUAAAUUCCAAAGUUCAAGACCGUCAACUAAGCAGAACAUCUUUAAAGGAAUUUAUGAUGAUCUAACUCCUAAAGAGAAGGAGAUUUGUGCUAAGAUGUCUGAUGUCAUUAACAGUGCAAUCUCUUUUAGAAAGAAAAAGGCAUUAAUUUCAUCCAAAGCAGUCGGUACAAUAGAGCUAGAGCAAGAUAUGCUGGACAAAUGUGAAACCGAGAAUAUUAUGAAAAUUCCUCCCAAGAGAAAAGUAACUUGAGAUGACUUUUCUAACUCCGAAGAAGAGAUAAAAGGAGAAGAGAAUCUACAUGCUUCAAAGUUUCACAGCAAAGCUGAAACUAAUAAUACCUACAAAAUCCAGCCAACCAUAGCUCUUGACUUCUUUACUAAAAAUAAGGAAACAAAGGAUCUUCUAGAAUGCUUAGAAGUAAUAAGAGCUAGAUGUGAACAAAAUGUUGAAAACUUUGAGGAAUCUGAUAAGAAGGACAAAUACUUGAAUGGGUAUAAAGUAGAUAAGGACUCUUCUACAAUUCACUUCCCUACCAGCCUUCAGAUGAUCAAAGAUGAGUCAUCUUCUCCUUAUAGUUCAUUCAAUGAUGCAUAUUCGUUAAGAUUUCUUCAUUUAGAAAUGAUGAAAAGUAUAAAGAAUGAAACUGUUGAUUCACAAUGGCAACACUCUCUCCUUAAAUGUGAAAGGGAGAAAUGUGAUUACUGCAAAGCUCUCAAGACCAAAACUGUAGCAAACUCAGCAAUAUUCCAAGAAACCCUUGAAGAUAUGGACAUGUACGAUCUGGAUAGUGAUGACUCUUCUGAUUAUGAUCUUGAUGAUUUGUAGACAACUACCACUGUAAAUGAACUUUAUGGGCUUAGC